AGCCCCCUCCCAGCUCCAAGCACCAGCUCCUCCCCAUGCGCCGGCGCUCGUGCGGCUUGGUUCGGGCUGCUCCGGUUCGGACUCUCGGUGAUGACCCGGCUGGCUCCGAGCGGCACAGACAUGACAGCUCUGGCCCCGCCUCCCUCGCCUCCGCUGCUCAACAACAGGAACGCAUCUCCUUCUAGAGCAGCAUCCAGCCCUGCAGAGCUGCCCCAGCUGCUGCAGGAAAAGGAGCGGCGUGCUCAGCAGCAACUGGAGCGCUGCGCUGAGGAACGAGGGAGGAAGAUGGAGGAGCAGCGGAGGAAGGAGCAGCAGCGAAGGGCGGCGGCUGAGGAGAAGAGACGACAACAGCAGGAGGCUGAGAAGGAGAGGCUGGAGGCCCUGGUGCGCCGGAGAACUGGGGGCGCCGACAGGAGAGGUGGAGGAGGAAACGGCGGAGGGGAGGCCCGGGACCACCUGGAGAACAGGCCCAAGCGGUGGACGUGGGGAGGACCGCCUGACGGAGUGGAAGGUAACCCUAAGACCCCGCCCUGCAAUGCCAUGGGCUCCGCUCAGCCCAAAGAUCCCUCUGCUGCUUCUUGUGCCAGCCAAUCCCGUCACGUUGACUUCCUGUCUCCGCCUACAUCAAACCAACCAAUCAGCAAGCAGCUUUCCAACUCUUCAGCAGCUCUAAAUUCACCUGAAAAAGUGUCUUUUGUGUCACGUCGUACAGUUUCCCCCGGCAACCACCGACCGAUGAGGACUUCUUCCAACCGCAGAAGCAUCGCCGGACUCCCAGAGGAAUCGCUGAAAGCCAAAACACCCACGGGAGAAACACCAAACACACCAAUCAGGAGUUCAUCCUUUAGAGCCAACAGCAAGGCCCCCGCCACACCCAAACGGGUCAGGUCCAACAGGAGCAGAGCGCAGUCCCCCUGCUCCCCGGGUCAGUACCCGCCCUCCCCACUCCGACAGAGAGCCACCACCCCGGGCUCAGACGACAGGGGCCACUCUGAGGUCAAGGGUCACGGCAGCCUGGAGAGGAAACCUCCCAAAACGGAGACGUCAGAGAAGAAGAUCCCCAAGUCGAGCAGCAGAGAGCUGACAGCAGAGUCUCCAGGCACUCCCACAGCCAGGAGCGUCGGCGGGACCAUGGAUGCUGAGGAGGCGUCCAGGCUGCUGGCAGAGAGGCGCCGUCUGGCCCGAAUACAGAAGGAGCAGGAGGAGAAGCAGCGGCAGGAGGAGGAGAGGCUGAGAGCCGAGGAGGAGCAGAGGAGGGAGCAGGAGGAACGGGAGCGGCAGGAGAGGGCUGCACGGCAGGCAGAGGAGGACAGGAUGAGGCAGGAGGAGGAGAAGAGGAGGAGAGAGGAGGAUGAGAGACGGCAGAAGGAGCAGAGGUGGAAGGACAUGCAGGCUCAGCUGGACAAGGAGAGAGAGGAAGCCUUCCUGCGGGCUCAGAGGGAGGCUGAGAGGAAGAGGGAGGAGAGGGAGCUGCUGCACCUCCAGGAGGAGCAGGAGAGGCUGCAGAGGAAGAAGAGAAUCGAGGAGAUCAUGAAGAGGACGAGGAAGAGUGACGUGGAGUCUCCAUCUGCUGCCUCCACUCCUGAGAUGAAAGCGGAGGCUCUGGGAGCCUCGGAGGAGGACGCAGCGACCCCUGCUGAAGCCCCCAUCAUCAUGCUGGGUCCUCUGGAGAGCAGGAGCUGUCUGGACGAGCUGUCGGAUGGAGUCCAGUCCAUGGAUGUCAGCCCCGUCUCCAGGGACGAGCCGGCGAGCGCUCAGGAGUUUUCGCCGGUCGCUGAGGGACCAGACGGUUGUCUCCUGGAGCAGCUGAUGGAUCGGGACUUGCUGGAUCGAGGACAGCGUCAAGGAGAAAAAACCCUGCCGUACCCUAAACUGCAAGCCGGCAGCGGCGUCGGAGAUCUCAACAAGAACCUGCUGAUCCAGGCCUACAGCGCCGCCUCGGAGUCCUCGCAGCUCAUCCCGAGCGUCGGGCCGGGCAAACUGGACAUCCAGUAGGCAGCUGUAGAUAAGAGCCCGGAGAGAGAGAAAAAGCAAGAACAACAAUCAUCUUUUUAAAAGAGAACAGCUGCUCUGGACCUGAUCUCACCUGCAACCUCGCAAACCUGCUUUCUGACACGUCUUCAGGAAACAUAGAUGAGAUUCAGCCUCUAGAGUCUCAGUGUUUUGUCCUCAGUGGACAUUCUUGCACGAUCCUCAUAAAAAAAAAGGAAUUAGAACAAAUAAAUGAAAGUUGGGUUUAGUUGUUUCUGAUGACACCAGCUCCUCAUCUGCUUUCUCUCUCAGCCCUGCUUCUGGGAAGGCUGUAAAUACACCCGUAUGGAAGCUGGAGCGAGCCUUCAGCCGGGGAGGAGAGCCGUGAGGACCCGGGCCGCCACGGCGGUCCAGUGUAGCGUCUGCAGUGACAGCUGAGUAGUGGAGCUGUUGUGUAGGCUGUGCUUGUAGCUGUGUUUGUCAGUGUUUCUGAUGGUUCUUGUGCAUUUAACUCAACACUGACCUUCCUGGCUGCUGACCGCCACCCCCAUUCUUUCAAUCUGAUGUUAGUGAAACCACCAAAACAAAGGCUAACUGUCUUAUUUCUAUCUGCAGGACAGGAUUUUAUGAAAUAAGAAAUGUGUAUUUCUUUGACACUGACUGUAACCACACAAUCUGCAGUUUAUAGCGUGCACCUAAUCACCUUCAAACCUCUAGAGCUGGUUAGUUUGCUCUUCAUCACCUUCACCCGUGUUCACUGCUGAAGGGAACCACAGAUGCUCGUUUGUCUUUGUGAAUCCACACUUUUAGUUUUCAUCUAAUUUCACGGGCAAAUGGAUUGUUUAUAUUUGUCUGUAGACAGCAGAAGAUGAGACGAUCCAGCUCUCUGCAUCAGCAUCCUCCAGACUGCUCAAACUCAAGGCUCUGCUGGGGCUCCUUGUAUAUGAAGUAACCAUAAAGGACAUAGUCUCUAUUCAAAUAUUAGGAUUCAACUGUGUGACACUGCAGCUUGGUGGAAUAUAUCAAUGUAGAUGUGGCGCAUGGAAACUUGCUGAAGAAAAAAAACAAUAAACUUAAUGAAACUGUU